AUGGGGAGGCCACCUUGCUGUGACAAGAUCGGGGUGAAGAAAGGGCCAUGGACUCCUGAAGAGGACAUCAUCUUGGUCUCUUACAUUCAAGAACAUGGUCCAGGGAAUUGGAGAGCAGUUCCUACUAGCACAGGUCUGCUUAGAUGCAGUAAGAGUUGCAGGCUUAGAUGGACUAAUUAUCUCCGCCCGGGUAUCAAACGCGGUAACUUUACUGAUCAGGAGGAGAAGACGAUAAUCCACCUCCAGGCUCUUUUGGGCAAUAGAUGGGCUGCCAUAGCUUCUUAUCUUCCUCAAAGAACGGACAAUGAUAUAAAAAAUUAUUGGAACACCCAUUUGAAAAAGAAGCUGAAGAAGUUUCCCACAGGUGUAGAUGACCAUAAUCAAGAUGGGUUUUCAAUCUCCAAAGGUCAGUGGGAGAGAAGGCUUCAAACAGACAUCCACAUGGCUAAACAAGCGCUAUGUGAGGCUUUGUCCAUAGAUACGUCAAGCUCGCUGCCUGACUUGAAGAGCUCUAACGGCUACAACCCUAACACCAGACCUGUCCAAGCAUCUACAUAUGCAUCCAGUGCUGAAAACAUAGCCAAAUUGCUGGAAGGUUGGAUGAGAAAUUCACCAAAAUCAACUCGAACGAAUUCUGAAGCUACUCAGAACUCCAAAAACUCCAGUGAAGGGGCAACUACACCAGAUGCUCUUGACUCGUUGUUUAGCUUCAACUCUUCCAACUCUGAUCUUUCUCUGUCUAAUGAUGAGACAGCAAAUUUCACACCCGAAACCAUUCUCUUCCAAGAUGAAAGCAAGCCAAAUUUGGAGACUCAAGUCCCUCUCACAAUGAUAGAGAAAUGGCUCUUUGAUGAAGGUGCUGCUACUCAAGAACAAGAAGACCUAAUUGACAUGUCACUAGAGGACACUGCUCAGCUCUUCUAG